CUCCCCCACCAAAUCUGCACACCACAACCAGGCAGGCCGGCCUUCGACUUUGGCAAGUGCGCACUACUUAUGCACCUGGCCGCCCAUCCCACGCUUGCCUCUUGGCCCUCUGUUAAUCCUCUUGGUGGUUUUUUUUUUUGAUUCCUUUGCAACUCUGCUGAACCCGGGGCUCAGCUUCUUCAUCCAUCUGUAUAUUUUGCACACCUCUCUGUUUUCUUGUUGUCGGCCCCUCCAGCGCAUUGACGCUUUGCUUGCUCCUGCUUUCACCGGUCUCAUCGCCCACCGAUAUAGACUAUUAACCACGGACAAUCGUCUUCUCGACACAACUCCCGACUCCCCGCCUUUAGGAUAUUAAUUAAUUUCGACCACCAACAGCCGCUGUACAGCCGGGUUCGAAGCCUCCACCACUCCCAUAACGCUCCGCCUCAACUGCAUCGCCCCGGACGCCGCAGAAGCCGCUUUCCGGACUCUCCCCGGCUUCACUACAAACCACCCGUUUUCUUCGGCCAUCCUGUCUCGAUACAACAUAGUUCCAAAUGAUGGCAUAUGGUGCCUAUAGGGACAUGGCUCCCACUCUUCCCAGCAUUGUUGUGCCAGGAAGUGCCAAUUAUAACCCCUCUCACCCUGAUGUUGGCUACCGUCGAAGCAGCGCAGUAAACAUCCCCAAUCUCGACCAUAGAGAACAGGCGCCCCCUCCUCUGCCCCCUCCUCCUGAGCCCUUCUCUGCGAGAGUUGAAGAGCCCCGAAGCGGCAAAGAGUACACCCAUAGCUUCGGCAGUAACUAUGGCAGUAUUAACGAUGAACGCCCUGCUCUUAAGAGACGAGACACGGGUAGUACGACUGAUGAAGGAUAUGCAAGCUAUUCAUCGACAGAGAGAUCACUACCGUCUCUGCCUCCAAUGUCGACAUCGUUCUUCACAUCUGCUGCCGAUAGCAUGAAGAGAAAGCUAGACCCCAUCCGCACAUUUGACAAGUCACCACCCCGAUCCUUUCUUACCGCAUCCCUUAGCGAUCUAGGUCCGCGAAAGGAACCUCGUCUCGCCCCCAGUGUCGACCUGCCAAUCCAUAGUCGCUCAGUAGCGAGCUCACGGCAAUCUUCGUUUGCUGAUUCUCCCCGAACCAGCCAACUGCCACGCACUCCUCUGGACCACCGAUCUCCAAUGGACUUUGACCACUCGCCACGAACGGUAGUGAGUCGACACAAUAGCGAUGACGCCGCGAUGCAUGGCACCUAUGAGUACCAUGCCGCCGAAGAUAUGGAACUGGAUGAUUCCAACGCACCUCGACGCAUGCAAUCGGAAGAUCGAUAUGUUGCCGCCGGCCAAAAGCGACGAGCCAUCAGCCCUGCACCCAGUGAGCACGCCUAUCACCUUGCUCACGGACAGCCGGAUGCGUUUCGUCGUCGUGAGCUCGGGACCAGAGCCUCCCCUACCCCUCGCAUGGCAACCAUUCCCCAUGCCCACUCUCUCUCCUCCACGGCUUCAACCCCGGUCUCCCAUUCGACAUCUUACCUAUCCAACCUUUCUAUCCCUUCUUCCGCUACCAGCUAUGAUCACCGCUCACCUACUGGCCCCUCUCCAACAUCUGCUGGCUCUCCAUAUGCUGCCACAGCAUCACUCAAUGCUAGUCCUCGCAGCUCCAUCUCUCGUGCGUCUCUACACGCGAGAGUCCUGUCAGGCAUUAGCCCGCGAAAAGUCACAGAAGUCAAAGGGGCUGGUGGCAAGAGCCAGGGCUUUUUGAUGUGCGAAUGCUGCCCCAAGAAGCCCAAGAAGUUUGAGAGACUCGAAGAUCUCCAGACUCACGCACAAGAGAAGCAGUAUGAGUGUUCUUACUGUGGCAACCGGUUUAAGAACAAAAACGAGGCUGAGCGCCACCAAAAUUCGUUGCACGUUCGACGCCACUCAUGGUCUUGCUCAGCAUUGAACCGCUAUGACCGCGCCUUCCAUGACUCCACGAUUCGCCCUGGAGAGGCUGAUACUUGUGGUUAUUGCGGAGACGAAUUUGCUAGGUCUGGCCGCGGCCCUGGCAAUGGUGUCCUCAAUGGUGGUAUUGUUCCCUGCCAUGCCACGGAUGCCGACUGGGAAGAACGAGUCCGCCAUUUGGAAGAAGUGCAUAAGUUUCGCGAGUGCAAUUCUUCCAAAAAGUUCUACCGCGCGGACCACUUCCGUCAACAUUUGAAGCAUAGCCAUGCUGGAACUAGCGGCAAGUGGACGAACAUGCUUGAAAAUGCGUGCCUGAUGGACGAGGAGCCACCCACGCCUCGAUAAAUAUGGUGUGAAUUUUAUGAUUGAUACGAUAUGCCGAUUUCUCUUUUAUGUUGUUACUAUCACAUGGGCCUCACGGGCCUCAUUUCUUUUUUUUUUUCAUUUCUUUUUUACUCCACGGUAUGGCGUUACGGUAAAGGGAAAAAGGACCGGGCUUUUCUUUUCGCGCUACGCAGCCCUCAGAAAGAACUUUUUUAGUUUUGGGAGAAUUCUGUCUUUGAAAAGUUAUCCUGAUACGAGAGGCAUGGACGGGAUUAGUGUGCAUUUCUAGGUAUACCCCGGAAGCAGGGCAUUAAGCACUACGAGACUUGGGUUGACACUGGACAACCUGAGGUGGGAUACGAAUAGCAGCUUUGGGAACCAGAGUAUUUUAGCAUGAAUAAAAUAACACUGGCUUUAUUUCGCG